AUGUCAAGCAAUCCAGCAAAACAUAUCGGAAUCAAGCAGCAAAAAUUGAUAGAGGAAAGUAUAAAGAAUUAUGUGGUAUACUAUGACAAAACUUUCAGCCUGUAUUUGAAAUUACGAAGUGAUAUAUUGGAGCUUCACAAUACUGUGCGUUUGUUAAUUCACAAGGAGAAAAGAAACACUUCACGUACAGAUGAUAAUGCAACUAAAGUGGAAGACAGUACAACCGCAGAAAAUAGCAGCAACAAAGACGACUCCGAACCCAACAGUACUAGAAUAGACGAAGCAGAUGUCCAGUCUUUCAAAAAUAAUCUAGCGGAAGCUGCAGCUAGAUUAGAACAAUUGAAAUUUGAGGCCGAUAGAGUUCAAAUCACAUAUGAAUCAUAUUUGAAUGAAUUAAGAAAUGUUUUGGUUAUUGAGUCUCGUAGGUAUACGGAAGAUUACCAACCUGAAAUUCUAACAGACGCAAAGAAUAAAUUGAGUUCACUAGUUAACCAAGAGACGGAAUUGAAUGGCAAAAUCGAUGACAUAAAGAAUGUACAGAAACCUUUGCUAGACAAAGUCACCAAUCUCGUCAGCAAUUUUAAUUCAAAUAUAACUAGUUCGACAGCACGGGUGAUUCAUCCGACUCUAUUACGUAACAUUGAUGAUGAAGGAACAGAAAACAGUAUCCAAGUCAACUACAACCACUUGGUAUUUGCCAAACUGGAUAUUAGCCGAUUUUUUGUGGAGAAGACGGCAAUUAGUGAAUUAAAUGAUGUUCUUUUAUCACAAGUACAAGAUAUUUUAGAGACUAACACCAGAAUAUUUGACAAAUUCGAGACCAAUAAUUCAAACGACGAUUCGCAAAAGCUACUUUACAAAUUGGCCAGAUCAAGUUUACACGAUAUUACUCAAAACACCGACAUAGAGGAAUAUGAUGACUUGAUUGAUAAAGCUAUCAAGGAUAUCUCAAUAUCAUACCAAGAGAAUCAAGUUAUCAAAGCUGAAUGGUACAAACACGCACGUAAGGUUGAAAAGAUUAAACAUAUAUUGGAGGAAAGGGAUGACGAUGGCGACGUAGAAAUGAUGUAA